AUGUGGUCACAGGCAUGGGGUUGGUUAAACGAUCAUUGUUGCAUUACAAUCGAUAAUCAAAGGAGCUUAUUGUUACAUUACUUGCAAAAACAUAGAGAUGCACCAUUUUGUAAAUGGUUCAAGGAACAGACAGAACAAUUUGUUAAUGCAAAGGAAGAACUGACUCAAUGUUUGUAUCACUUCUCACAGCAACUUUAUAGACAUGUGGUUACAGAGAAGAAGUGUCAUACUUUAUUUAAAUUUGAUGAAAGCGCUGUAAAACAAACCGAAUUGAUAAGAAGAGUGAAAUCAACCAAUUUAAAAUCAUUUGAAUUUGCCGAGAUUGAUUAUAACAAGGUAUUUAGAUAUUAUGGAAUUGAUAAAUUCAUCCGAGUUGACUUUGAAGAUGAAAGAGAUUCCACAGUAAUGCAAACAACACUGAAAGGCUUUUGUUUAUAUGGACAAAUGUUCAAGCCAAUUGGUGCUUCUUCAAGUUUACUUUCAGAGAGGGGAGUUUACUUUACAUGUGAAGAGGAUCCAAUGAAAAUGAUGGACAUCUUUGGGAUCUAUGCCUCUGAAAUUGAAACCAAAAUUGCAAGACAGUGUCUUAAUUUCACUUCCACCAAAGAAACAAUUCGUGUUCACAAAUAUAUAGUAAUUGAUGACAUUAAUUCAAGAGAUGGAAAAGGAAUUGUGUCAGAUGGUAUUGGUAUGAUUAGUUACUCAUUUGCCAAGGCAGUUUGCUGUAGUUUGAGAGAUCAAAGCAUUGAUGGAAAAUAUGUUCACAUUCCUCGUGCUUUCCAGAUUAGAUUUCUUGGAUUUAAGGGAAUGUUGACAGUAUGUCCAGACAAGAUCAUGAAUGGCAAUCAAAUCAUUCUGAGAGAGAGCAUGAAGAAAUUUGAGGGGAAUCCUCUUUUCAACAAAUUGGAAAUUGUUGAAGGAUUGAAUGAAUCAGACACGGCAAAUAUUAAUAGACAAAUAAUUAUUUUGUUAAGUUCAUUGCAAGUUAAGGAUGAAGUGUUUCUUAAUGCACAAAAAAAAGCCCUUGCUAGAAAUAAGUGUCGAAAUGAUGAAGAAUUUAGGGCAAGAAUCAAGAAUGCUAAGGAAAAAACAAAGUUUUUUAUGAAAGAUUCAGUUAUUGCUAAAGGAAUUUUGGACGAAACUAAACAAUUGAAAGAUAACCAAGUUAUUGUCAUUACAAAGAAUGGGCGUAUGGUUCCAGGUGGGAAAAAAGUUAUUGUUUUCAGAAAUCCUGGACUUCAUCCACGAGAUGUAAGAAUAUUCGAAACCGUAUCCAUCCCAGAUUACUAUCAGAAAUGGUUUGGACAUGAAGUUGAUUUAAAAGGAAGUGUUAUUAUUUUCGCUGCCGAUUGUCAGCAACACAACAUUCCAGGUGAGUUAGGUAACUUUCAUUUAUUUUCAAUUUCUAACUUGCAAUUCAAAGAUGGUGAUAGGUUUUUUACCUCUUGGAAUACUGAAAUUAUUCCACAAGCACAAUAUAUUCAAAGUUGGUGGAGUAAAGCUAAUGAGUUUGGCCAUACACUUAAACAAUUUGAUCUUAAGAAAUGUGUCAACACUGCACUUUCCAACUUUUCCCAUCAUCUCUUGAAAAACUAUUGGUGGACUAGUGCUAAUGUUUUUGAGUUUAGAAUGAGUAGUAAUGUAAGUUGUGAAUGUGUUUAG